UGUGUGUGUAUUUUACGUGUGUACAGGAGAACGCUGACCUAGAUGCGCAUUCCAUUUCGAUAUGUUGAAGCGUCGGUAGUACAAACGGAACCGAUGAUCGUUAGUUCCUUCUGUGAGUGCUGCCUCCAGGUUCCAGCCCUGCUUGAGUUCCUGUUCGGACUUCCUUCACUGAUGGAUGAUGAUGUAGAAAUGUAAGCCAAGUAAAUCUUUUCCUCCUCACCUUGCUUUUGGUCAUGGUGUUUCUUCAUAGCAGAAGUAAUCCUAACUAGGGCAGAAGUUGAUACCAGCAUAGCAGGGUAUGGGCUUUGACAGACCUGACACUUCAGGGAGUAUGUGGAAGGACUUUGGAACUUUGGGCUAGAAAAGCCCUUGAGUGUUCAGAGCUUUGGUGAGGUGUUCUGUGGAAAGAUAGAGUGUGGUGAGAACAGAAGCCUGGGCUUCUGAAGAUCCGGAAAAAAGUUUGAGAGUCCCUUAAACACUGUGGAGGCUGUUGCAUAUUUUCAGUUAAGACUCUGCCGUUCUGGGUAGGGGCUGAAGAAUCAGCUGUGAUUAAUAAGAGAUUUGAACCAAAAAAGUAAAAUCUUUUCUGGUCAGCUGGAGCUAAGAAAUUAGUGGUGAUUAAAAAAAGAUGUGUAUCACCGAUGUGAAAUUUUCUGGAAAGUGUUUUCUUAGAGCCAGCACACAGAAGCUCUGUUCCAGAGGUGACCCAAGGUUGUGCCUCGUGCUGGCUGCUGAAACUGGUAGUGAAAGAAUCGCCUAGGUGGCACUAGUUUUGAAGGCAUGAAAGGGCCAUGGAAAGAAGUUGAGGCUUGGUCCCAUGAAGAGAAUCGAGGGGAGGCUACUGGUGAAAGUGCAGCCCCGUUGUUCUGUGGGACGAUCACCAAGACUAGCAGCAGCUGUGGAGUGGAGCCGGGUGGAGCCAAUGCGAGUCUGUGCGUGCUGCAGAGUUAGAGAAGCCCAGAAGAUGCAGUGGGUGUCAUUCUUCAGCAUCCCUGGAAGACACAGGCCUCUCCAGAGACAGCUCCAUCCUGGAAGCCACUCACCUAAAAGGCCCCGUGAAGCCAGACGAUGCCUGUUGACUUGGGACAGGCCCUGGGCCUGCUGCCUUCUCUAGCCAAGGCAGAGGAUUCCACAUGUUCUGGAUCAGAUGCUACCCAGCCAAGAGAGCUCGCCAACCCCGAGACCGCUCGGCAGCUUUUCAGGCAGUUUCGUUACCAGGUGAUGUCUGGGCCCCAGGAGACCCUGAGACAGCUUCGGAGGCUCUGUUUCCAGUGGCUCCGGCCAGAGGUUCACACCAAAGAGCAGAUCCUGGAGAUCCUCAUGCUGGAGCAGUUUCUGACCAUCCUCCCUGGCGAGAUCCAGACAUGGGUGAGGAAGCAGUGUCCGGGCAGUGGAGAGGAGGCAGUGACCCUCGUGGAAAGCUUGAAGGGAGAUCCUUGGAGGCUGUGGCAGUGGAUCAGCAUCCAAGUUCUAGGACAAGAGACCCCGUCUGAGAAGGAGAACACCACACACUGCCAUGGGGACAAGGUAGAGCCCCUCCUGGAUGUGGUGCCCCAGGACCUGCCCCUUCAGAAUUCACCUCCAGCAUCUGGAGACCUGCUGAGCCAUGGCGUGAAAGAGGAAUCAGACACGGAGCCAGAAUUAGCUCUGGCUGCUUCCCAGCUUCCUGCCGGCCUUGAGGAGAGGCCUAUCAGAGACCAAGACCUAGGAACAGCAGUUCUCCCAGCACUACACCAGGAACAGUGGAGACAGCUGGAUUCUACUCAGAGGGAGCAGUACUGGGAUCUCAUGCUGGAGACUUACGGGAAAAUGGUCUCAGGAGUAGCAGGCACGUCCAAUUCCAAGCCUGACCUUACUAACUUCGCAGAAUAUGGGGAAGAGCUGGCGGGGCUGCACCUUCAUGUGACAGAGAAGAUGCCAAGACCCACCUGCAAAGAAGACAGACAAGAAAAUGACAAAGAGAACCUAAACUUGGAAAAUCACAGGGACCAGGGAUUGCUGGAUGUUUUCUGUCAGGCAUCAGGCGAGGCACCACCGCAGACUGCCUUGACUGAUUUCUUUGGUGAGAGUGAGCUGCAUCGUUUUGGAGGAGAAAAUGUUCCUGAGGCUCUGGAAAGUCUUCAGGGUGAGGGGACAGUGGGGCAGAUCUUUCCUCAUGAAAGGGCCUCUGGCAGACAGCUAGGUCAGCACACACAGAGUGCUUCUGGAGAGCUGUCUGUCUUGUGGCUGGAGAAGAGAGAGGCCUCUCAGAAGGGACAGGCCAGAGCCCCCAUGGCCCAGAAACUGCCCACCUGCAGAGAGUGUGGCAAAACAUUCUAUAGGAAUUCACAGCUUGUAUUCCACCAAAGGACUCAUACUGGAGAGACAUACUUUCAUUGCCCCAUUUGCAAAAAAGUCUUUCUGCGGAGCUCAGACUUUGUGAAACAUCAGAGAACUCACACAGGAGAAAAGCCCUGUAAAUGUGACUACUGUGGGAAAGGCUUUAGUGACUUCUCAGGCUUGCGACACCACGAGAAAAUCCACACAGGAGAGAAGCCCUAUAAAUGCCCCAUCUGUGAGAAAAGCUUUAUUCAGAGGUCAAACUUCAAUAGACAUCAGAGAGUUCACACGGGUGAGAAACCUUAUAAAUGUACCCACUGCGGCAAGCGCUUCAGCUGGAGCUCCAGCCUUGACAAACAUCAGAGAUCACACUUGGGGAAGAAGCCCUGCCAAGCACCCACACCUCCAGUGCUGCCUGCCAGGCCACUGGAGCCCUGCUCCCCUCUGCCUUUAGGAAGGCAACCAGAAAAAACCUCUUCCUCUUUGCAGGUUGGAAGGUGAGGAGCUGGGCACUAUUUUGACUUGGAGUAUUCUGAGUUGAAAUUCUUGGUUUAAUAUUUCUUUUUGCAACACGAAAAGGGUGUUUGUUGUUUUAGCUGGUCCCUCUUUUGGACCUCUCGGGGAAAGACAUGUCAUGUAGAUAAUGGCUUUAAUAGUUUUCUCUGAUGAGAGCCUGACCAGCAUGGCCACAGUUGCUGUUGCCAGUGAGAACUUGAGAUAAGCUUUAGAACUGAAUUCUAGAGUAGGCUGUUGCAGACAGGGAGGUUGGGAGGCCUGUGAGUGCAUGCCAUCUUUGUCAGACAGGUGACAAAAGUUUUUAUUUAACUGUCUCUUAUUUGAAAUAAACUGAACUGAGUUGGUCUCUA